UGAGCGCACAGAGCUGUUGCCAGAGCAGCACAUGAGCGCGCGCGCGAGUGAGUGUGUGCGUGUGUGUGUGUGCGCUGCUUCCAGAUCGCUUCGAUCACACUCCGGUUAUUGAUUGUGAGCGAGCGGUUGAUUGAUACAUCAUGUCCGUGCUGCAGGAGUACGAGCGCGCGCCCAAGCGCCUGAAGGUGUCCGCCGAGGAUGAGGAGGAGCUGGAGGAAGGCGAGGAGUCAGACUCAGCAUCCGCGGGGCUCCUGGGUGACGAUGAAGAGGAUGAAGGACAGAACAGAGCGCGCUGGAGCUGCGCGGAGAGGAAGGACAGCGGCUCUGAGGCUCACCGCAUCGCUCCGUCUCCCGUCGUCCACGUGCGAGGACUGUGUGAAUCCGUGGUGGAGGCCGAUCUGGUCGAGGCCUUGGAGAAAUUCGGAAACAUCUGUUAUGUGAUGAUGAUGCCGUUCAAGCGGCAGGCUCUGGUGGAGUUCGAGGAGGUUCAGAGCGCUGACCGCUGCGUGGCGUGUGGCUCGCAGGAGCCCGUCUACAUCGCCGGACAGCAGGCCUACUUCAACUACUCCACCAGCAAACGCAUCACACGGCCCACCAACGCCGAUGACCCCAACAGCGGGAACAAAGUGCUGCUGCUGUCCGUCCAGAACCCACUGUACCCCAUCACUACGGAUGUUCUGUACACUGUCUGUAACCCGAUCGGAAACGUGCUGCGGAUCGUGAUCUUCAAGAGGAACGGGAUCCAGGCCAUGGUCGAGUUUGAAUCCAUCCAGAACGCUCAGAAGGCCAAAGCCGCCCUCAAUGGGGCUGACAUCUACGCCGGCUGCUGCACACUGAAAAUCGAAUACGCUCGGCCCUCACGCCUCAACGUCAUCAGAAACGACAACGACAGCUGGGACUACACCAAACCCUUCCUGCUGCGCCGAGAGCGUGGUAAAGGCCGACAGAGGCAGGCCAUCCUGGGAGAACAUCCAUCCUCAUACAGUGAUAACGGAUACGGCGCUCACUGCCCCCUGCUGCCGCUGCCCAGUAAUAACCGCUUCAAGCGUGGCUCUCAUGAUGUCACAGAGGUCGUGACCUAUCCACUGCCCCAGACAUCUUCAUACAUGAGCCCCGCCUCCAGCUCCGUCGCCAUGGUGAGCGGCCUGCAUCCCGCCAAGAUGAACUGCACUCGCAUCUUCAACCUCUUCUGUCUCUACGGCAACAUCGAGAAGGUGAAGUUCAUGAAGAGUGUCCCGGGCACGGCUCUAGUAGAGAUGGGUGAUGAGUACGCAGUCGACAGAGCAAUCACACACCUCAACAGUAUCAAGGUGUUCAGCAAACGCCUCAACGUCUGUGUGUCGAAGCAGCACGCUGUGAUCCCCAGUCAGGUGUUUGAGUUGGAGGACGGCUCCAGCAGUUAUAAGGACUUCGCUAUGACUCGUAACAACCGCUUCACCAGCGCCGGCCAGGCGUCCAAGAACAUCAUCCAGCCGCCCUCCUGUGUGCUGCACUUCUACAACGUGCCGCCCUGCGUCAGAGAGGACGACCUGCAGCGGUUGUGCACAGAACACGACGUCCCAGGAUUCAUCAAGUACAAAGUGUUUGACGCCAAACCCAGCUCUAAGACCAUCUCUGGCCUGCUGGAGUUCGACAGUAAGACGCACGCCGUGGAGGUUCUGACGGUCCUCAAUCACUAUCAGAUCCGGAUCCCCAACGGUUCAAACCCGUACACACUGAAGCUGUGCUUCUCCACCUCCUCACACCUCUGAGCCGAGCCACGCCCCCUCGUCUUCAUCUUCAUCAUCACCUCCUCCUGCUCCUGCUCUCUCACACCCCACUUUACUUAUUCAUCUGUAAAUCUGAUCAAACCAGGAAACUGACACACACACACACUCACACACAGACACACAUGUACACACACACUCACUCUCACACACACUCACACUCUCACACACACACACACACACACACACACACACACACACUCACACUCACACACACACACACACAGUCUAGAUGUAGAAUAUGAUGAUGUCGCUCCGGAUGCCGCCCCAGGGAGAGCUGAUGAAGGCCGUACGAAGGGUUAAUUCUUCAUGAGAGCUGAAGGACGGACUGAAGACGAAGCUGAACUGACGUGAUGAACUCUGUGUUAUUUAUGUGUGCAGCAUCCCUAGAGACUCACGAAGGGUUAACUGUGUAACUGGUCACAUGAUCUGUAGUUCUGCCCCAGACACACGUCACAUGACCAGCGCUUCACCAGCUGUGUGUCAGGACGUACACGAGCAAUCUAAAGAGCACUAGGUAGUGUGCUCACUAUCUGUGGAGCUGAGCGUCUGCAGGAAACACUUCAGUGUGUCGCUCAAUCUCAGUGUCUUGUUUCAGCAACACUUCAGAGAAAACACAAAUUCAAUCUGAUCUUCAUUAUUCAUUUUACAAAAAGCUCGACUAGGAAUCCGAGUCUUCGUCUUGUUUUCCAGCACAGAUGAGUCGGGUGGAUGUCUCCUGAUUCAAGGAGGUUUAGAUAUGUGUGUGUUUAGGUUUAAUGUGUAGACGGGAGACUUCUGAUCUGAGCGUCUCGGUUGUGUCUGGAUGCAGUGCAUGGGUUUCCUGACUCACACUUCUACUGAACGUCAACAACAUCAAAAAUAAUCCCAAAAUGACACUUCAUAUUUGAAAAUGUGUAAAUAAUAUGAAGGAACUGUGUCUAAAAUUAACAAAGGGCAAUAACUGCAUACAGAUACAAUUAAUUAUAUAAAUGCACGUUUAAAAGAAAAAAGUUUAUUCAUUUUUAAUAUUUUGUGUGAGAGCUUCACUGGGUUUCAUGAGGAAACACUGGAUCAAGUUUAUUUGUGAAAGUCUUCCCCAUCAUCAUCAUCAUCAUCAUCAUCACACAGUCUGCUGGUGGUUUCCUGAUCAGAGGCUCAUCUCAUAUCGGUCUCUGUGUAGAGUUGAACUCUAUCUGAAGUCUAGUGGUCUGUUAGUGAGUCAGUGCUCAUGUCCUGGUGUCCAGCUGGUGAAGUGUGUGUGUGUGUGUGUGAGGAACAUGAUGAGCUUCACGGCUCAUCUGGAUUAUGAUUGUUAUGAUUAUGAGAUCAUGUGUGUAACUGACAGAUCAGCUGUUCACUGUGAGCAUGUGCUGCCAUUAAACAUCUGCAGGUCA